ACCGCCGGGGAUAAAGACCUUUAUUUGCAAUGUCGAAUUCCAGCAGAGUAACCCCUUCUUGCUUUCCACACGCGCAAACCCAGGUUCCAAACGCUGCAGUUCGCGUUUCCCGGCUAACGGAAAAAACACGAGGAGCUGUUUGCACAUCUAGGGGAUGAAGCCAAGAAACGGAAAGCUAGGCCGAAAGGGCGCAACCACCACGUCUGGAAGAGGCCAGUUAAGUAGAGAAAGGGGAAGGUCAGCCCUGCCCCAGCGCGCUCUGCGUAACCGGGACUUCCUCCGCGCGGCAAAGCCGGGGAACCUCCCUGGCGCCUGCGCCACCGCGGCGAGACUCGGCGCCGUGGACGUGGAGAGAGGGCGACGCACCUGCGCGAAGACGGCAGCGGGCGAAGCCGCUCCAGUGCGGUUGCGCGGCGGCCCAAGCGUCGAGGGGAGCCUCGGCGGGGAGCGCGCCGCGCGCCUGCGCGGAGAGCUGCGUGAUGCGGCGGCGCGCAAGGGACGUGUGGAGUGAGUGGCGCUGCGGGUGGGGCCGUCGGCGGCGCUGGUGAGAGAACGCCGAGCCGUCGCCGCAGCCUCCGCCGCCGAGAAGCCCUUGUUCCCGCUGCUGGGAAGGAGAGUCUGUGCCGACAAGAUGGCGGACGGGGAGCUGAACGUGGACAGCCUCAUCACCCGGCUGCUGGAGGUACGAGGAUGUCGUCCAGGAAAGAUUGUGCAGAUGACUGAAGCAGAAGUUCGAGGCUUAUGUAUCAAGUCUCGGGAGAUCUUUCUCAGCCAGCCUAUUCUUUUGGAAUUGGAAGCACCGCUGAAAAUUUGUGGAGAUAUUCAUGGACAGUAUACAGAUUUACUGAGAUUAUUUGAAUAUGGAGGUUUCCCACCAGAAGCCAACUAUCUUUUCUUAGGAGAUUAUGUGGACAGAGGAAAGCAGUCUUUGGAAACCAUUUGUUUGCUAUUGGCUUAUAAAAUCAAAUAUCCAGAGAACUUCUUUCUCUUAAGAGGAAACCAUGAGUGUGCUAGCAUCAAUCGCAUUUAUGGAUUCUAUGAUGAAUGCAAACGAAGAUUUAAUAUUAAAUUGUGGAAGACCUUCACUGAUUGUUUUAACUGUCUGCCUAUAGCAGCCAUUGUGGAUGAGAAGAUCUUCUGUUGUCAUGGAGGAUUGUCACCAGACCUGCAAUCUAUGGAGCAGAUUCGGAGAAUUAUGAGACCUACUGAUGUCCCUGAUACAGGUUUGCUCUGUGAUUUGCUAUGGUCUGAUCCAGAUAAGGAUGUGCAAGGCUGGGGAGAAAAUGAUCGUGGUGUUUCCUUUACUUUUGGAGCUGAUGUAGUCAGUAAAUUUCUGAAUCGUCAUGAUUUAGAUUUGAUUUGUCGAGCUCAUCAGGUGGUGGAAGAUGGAUAUGAAUUUUUUGCUAAACGACAGUUGGUAACCUUAUUUUCAGCCCCAAAUUACUGUGGCGAGUUUGAUAAUGCUGGUGGAAUGAUGAGUGUGGAUGAAACUUUGAUGUGUUCAUUUCAGAUAUUGAAACCAUCUGAAAAGAAAGCUAAGUACCAGUAUGGUGGACUGAAUUCUGGACGUCCUGUCACUCCACCUCGAACAGCUAAUCCACCGAAGAAAAGGUGAAGAAAGGAAUUCUGUAAAGAAACCAUCAGAUUUGUUAAGGACAUACUUCAUAAUAUAUAAGUGUGCACUGUAAAACCAUCCAGCCAUUUGACACCCUUUAUGAUGUCACACCUUUAACUUAAGGAGACGGGUAAAGGAUCUUAAAUUUUUUUCUAAUAGAAAGAUGUGCUACACUGUAUUGUAAUAAGUAUACUCUGUUAUAGUCAACAAAGUUAAAUCCAAAUUCAAAAUUAUCCAUUAAAGUUACAUCUUCAUGUAUCACAAUUUUUAAAGUUGAAAAGCAUCCCAGUUAAACUAGAUGUGAUAGUUAAACCAGAUGAAAGCAUGAUGAUCCAUCUGUGUAAUGUGGUUUUAGUGUUGCUUGGUUGUUUAAUUAUUUUGAGCUUGUUUUGUUUUUGUUUGUUUUCGCUAGAAUAAUGGCAAAUACUUCUAAUUUUUUUCCCUAGACAUUUUUAAAAGUGAAAUAUGGGAAGAGCUUUACAGACAUUCACCAACUAUUAUUUUCCCUUGUUUAUCUACUUAGAUAUCUGUUUAAUCCUACUAAGAAAACUUACGCCUCAUUACAUUAAAAAGGAAUUUUAGAGAUUGAUUGUUUUAAAAAAAAAAAAAUACGCACAUUGUCCAAUCCAGUGAUUUUAAUCAUACAGUUUGACUGGGCAAACUUUACAGCUGAUAGUGAAUAUUUUGCUUUAUACAGGAAUUGACACUGAUUUGGAUUUGUGCACUCUAAUUUUUAACUUAUUGAUGCUCUAUUGUGCAGUAGCAUUUCAUUUAACUUUAAGAUAAGGCUCAUAUAGUAUUACCCAACUAGUUGGUAAUGUGAUUAUGUGGUACCUUGGCUUUAGGUUUUCAUUCGCACGGAACACCUUUUGGCAUGCUUAACUUCCUGGUAACACCUUCACCUGCAUUGGUUUUCUUUUUCUUGUUUCUUUUUUUUUUUUUUCUUUUCUUUUUUUUUUUUUUUUUUGAGUUGUUGUUGUUGUUGUUGUUUGUUUUUAGAUCCACAGUACAUGAGAAUCCUUUUUUGACAAGCCUUGGAAAGCUGACACUAUCUCUUUUUCCUCCCUCUAUACGAAGGAUGUAUUUAAAUGAAUGCUGGUCAGUGGGACAUUUUGUCAACUAUGGGUAUUGGGUGCUUAACUGUCUAAUAUUGCCAUGUGAAUGUUGUAUACGAUUGUAAGGCUUAUGUCACUGAAGAUUUUUAUUCUGAUUUUUUCAUAAUCAAAGGUCAUAUGAUAUUGUAUAGACAUGCUUUGUAGUGAACUAUAGUAGCAAUAAUUUCUGUAUCUUAUCAAGAGUUUAUUGCAGCCUUUCUUUUCCUAUUCUUUCUUUUUUUUUUAAGGGUUAGUAUUAACAAAUGGCAAUGAGUAGAAAAGUUAACAUGAAGAUUUUAGAAGGAGAGAACUUACACGACACAGAUUUGUGAUUCUUUGACUGUGACACUAUUGGAUGUGAUUCUAAAAGCUUUUAUUGAGCAUUGUCAAAUUUGUAAGCUUCAUAGGGAUGGACAUCAUAUCUAUAAUGCCCUUCUAUAUGUGCUACCAUAGAUGUGACAUUUUUGACAUUAAUAUCGUCUUUGAAAAUGUUAAAUUGAGAAACCUGUUAACUUACAUUUUAUGAAUUGGCACAUUGUAUUACUUACUGCAAGAGAUAUUUCCUUUUCAGCACAGUGCAAAAGUUCUUCAAAAUGCAUAUGUCUUUUUUUCUAAUUCCGUUUUGUUUUAAAGCACAUUUUAAAUGUAGUUUUCUCAUUUAGUAAAAGUUGUCUAAUUGAUAUGAAGCCUGACUGAUUUUUUUUCCUUACAGUGAGACAUUUAAGCACACAUUUUAUUCACAUAGAUACUAUGUCCUUGACAUAUUGAAAUGAUUCUUUUCUGAAAGUAUUCAUGAUCUGCAUAUGAUGUAUUAGGUUAGGUCACAAAGCUUUUAUCUGAGGUGAUUUAAAUAACUUCCUGAUUGGAGUGUGUAAGCUGAGCGAUUUCUAAUAAAAUUUUAGUUGUACUCUUUUAGUAGUCAUAGUGAAGCAGGUCUAGAAAAUAAGCCUUUGGCAGGGAAAAAGGGCAAUGUUGAUUAAUCUCAGUAUUAAACCACAUUAAUCUGUAUCCCAUUGUCUGGCUUUUGUAAAUUCAUCCAGGUCAGGACUAAGUAUAUUGGUUAAUAAAAAUCCUUUUUUUUUUUUUUUAAGACUAAAUGUGAAAAAUAAUCACUACUUAAGCUAAUUAAUAUGGGUCAUUAAAUUUAAAGGAUGGAAAUUUAUCAUGUUUAAAAAUUAUUCAAGCACUCUUAAAACCACUUAAACAGCCUCCAGUCAUAAAAAUGUGUUCUUUACAAAUAUUUGCUUGGCAACACGACUUGAAAUAAAUAAAACUUUGUUUCUUAGGAGAAAAUUA